AUGGUACUUAUAUUUUUGGAAGAAACUGGUUCUGCUUUCAGGUGGGCUUCUGAAGUACAGAAACUCCAAAGAUUCGUUUGGCUUUCGGGUGGACUUCCAAAGUACAGAAACUCUAAAGAUUCUUGGAAACUUUGGAAAAACCUGAAUAUAUUUGUGCUUGCUCAGUUGGUUUCUCCUUGUGGACGUUAUCUUAUGAAUUGGCCUGACCUUCAUUAUCUUAGAAUCGUUGGUCGUAAAGGACGGAUCCCUAAUUGGUUUACUUUUAUCAAUAAUAAUUUUCUCUCUUCUUCUUCUUCUACUUUACUUUUAUCUUCAUAUUUUAUUAAUUCUUCUUUUACUUUAGCUUCUCUUUGUUUAUUAGAUCAUACUGUUAAAGAUUAUUCUUUUUAUCCUCAAUGGGCUAUUACUCUUGACUCUGCUACUCAAACUUUAUCUGUUGGUCGUGUGUAUAUCACUUAUAAGAAACAAAACUCGGCUAUUAUGUCUCAUUGGCUUCCUGUAUCUACCUAG